GCAGUUUACGGGAAGCACUGAAGGCAACAGUCCUAUGAACACCGCCCACUGUUAAACCAAAGGCAGCACUGAACGCAAAGAGGAUGUAGCUAAAACUCCGUAGGACUAGUUUAUUGUUAAGUUAACGAGUAACGUUAGCUUGCCAACUAGCUAACUCGCGAGUAACCUUGUAUAUAAUACAUAUAAGAAAUGUUCAUAAAGCAGGUCAAUUUAAGUUGUUUUGUUCGUGGCGGGCGUGGAUAAAUAGAGUAACGUUAGGGUUAGCGGCAAUUGCUGUUUUUGUGGCCUUUACACGAUAGCAUAACAUUAGCUAGCUAAACUACUCGCAUUACAUAUCUGAAGCAACGAGGGGAAUGGCACACCUUUCCAGCUAACUCAUAAAGCCGAGUUGUCGCGAUACAGGCAAAUUGUGGUAUUGGCCAGGGAUCAGCAAGUUGUUCCCCAGCUAUGAAAGCAUCUACUCACUGAUUGAUAUCUCACAAGAAAUGGAGCUGUACUGGUACAUAGUUGUUAUUAUAUUCAUCAUUAUCAAGAUAUUCUUCUAUGUGUGCUGGUACCGAUCAAGACAGAGACAACUGGCAGCAUACUUGAGCAACCCACGCAAUGCUCAGAUAGUCAUUGUUGGAGGAAGGGCCUACCUUCAUCAGAUGUGUGAGAGACAGAGUCAAACCUCUGUCUGGCCUAGUUGGUAUGGUGUUCAAGAUGACCUGUCGAUAGAAGAGCCCUCCACAACCCUGCCACCAGCUGCAUCCUACUCCCACUUGGACAUGCCACCACCAUAUGAGGCCGUCUCUGGAGAGGAUGAUCUGAAGCCCCCUCCCUACAGCGAGUGUGCUCAUGGCGAUGAGGCCGAUGCUCCUCGUCCCUCCCAUCAAGCUCCUCUCAGUUCCGAGGGAGACGCCAUUAGCGUUAACGAAGCCCCACCCCCAUACACACUGUCACCCCCUCCACAAGUCAGUCAACAAGACGUCCCUGUAAGCCACAGGGAGUCCCAGUCAGAGAGCAGGUCCACCUAAUCAAUCCCUGAUGCCACUUUGCCUUUUUUUCAUGCACUGCCUUCUUACAUUCAAACUCAGUGAUUGUUACCAGCCUAACUCUCAUCACAUGAGAGCAGAUGUUUAUUUGUGUGUGUGUCUGUGUGUGUAUGCGCGUGUGUGUGUUUGGAUGGUUUUUAGAUCCAAGUUGUUUUUCUACUUUGUAUUGUGUAAAAAAAGUGGUCAUCUGAUUGAGUUUGGCAAUAACAGAUGACAUCAGCAAGUCUGUGUGCCUCAAGUCAAGGCCGCAGAACCUGCUCCCAGCUAGGAUAAGAAAAAAAUCCCUUGACCUCGAAGCUCAAAGGUAAAUUGGUGAGACACAAAUGGGCCGAAAGACCGAUACUUUCAAGUAUGUUCUGUUAGUUUUAUAAAGUUGUUUCCUGCUGUAUGUCCAAGGCCACUUCCUUUCACAGAUAUAAACCAAACGACUUCUUUUGCAAGCAUGCUUGGGGAAUUGAGUUAUAUUUAGUUCCUGCUACUGCGAUACUUAAUAUGUGGUACAUUACAUGGCCUUUCUGUGUGCGUCUAUAGACUUUGUUCUGAAUACAGGAUCCUAAUAACAGUGCAUUAUAGCCAAUUCAUAGUGUAGACAGUCUAAUUAGAUUUUGGUGCACCUUGCUGUGAAGAUGUGCAUUUUAAAUAAAUUGGAAGUGUUUCAGCUUCUGCAAACCGUUAUUACUCUCAAUGCUUCAUUAAUACUGCACCUGUCAUUUGAAGACAAAGUAUGUCAGCAGAGAACUAUUUGAUAAUAAAUGCACUAAUUGUCUUAAAUAAUUACCUCAUUAGCAUAACUGGUUAUGUUAAAUAUAUCAUUGUGAUUAUACUGGGACAUUAGGCAAUUUAAGUGCCUAUCACAUCUGUGAAUGGAAGUGAGCAAGGACAAGCGAAACAAGUUAGUGAAAUAAAUGAACACUUCAUGGCAGCAGAAGAGAGAUUGUUUUCUAUUGAUGAUCUCAUCUGCUGCUGGGUUCUGCCUGUUGCUGCUUUACGUGAGCACCUCUAUGCCAGAAAGCAAGAUUCUGUGCGAACGGUAUAACAAUAAAUUUCUGUGUCUUUAAAAGUAGUAGUGGAAUUGGACAAAUGGUCUUCUGAACAUUUUCUGUAGUUGUAGAUCCAGCUGUAAGAUAAUCCGAUCAGUAAUGAAUUGUAAUGUUGAGCUGAAGGCUUAAAUUGAGAACAAUAUCAUAGAAAACAUUUUUGGAGCUAAAGGCUAAAAAGUCACAAAACUCAGCUAUUAGUUCUUUUCAUAAUUGUUGCAAAAUGAAGACUAACCAAAACAUGUUCCUUAUGUGUCUGUUCCUUAUCGGUUGAUCUGCCACAGGCUGGUAGAGGUCCGCCGACUUUGUGUAUUUCUUGUUUGUGUUUUCUGUUAUAGUAUUGCUUUGGAAAAUGUUGUUACUUUGCUUUUUGGAUCACUGCAUUUUAGAUAGUCAGAAAAUAACACUGUUAAGACGAUGCUCCACUUCCUGCGUUUGUUUUAGCAACAACGUAAUCUGUGUACAGUUUUUGAACAUUUAAGAAAAGAAAAACAAAAUGAACGCUGUAUAAAUGUAUUUGGGGCCUUGGGGAAGUACAUAAGGAGAUCUUCACAGAGAAUCUGUAUUUAAAAUGUUUUUUAAUGAUAAUCUUUCGUAUCGUAAUGACAAAUCGUAGAGCUUCGGUCACUGAUGCCUUUUAAAGAAUCUUUCCUGUGGUUAUAAAAUCUGAAGCAUGCAACAGAGAGGCCGCAAGGUACAAAAUCCGAAUGUAGCUUUGAACACUGUUGACAUCACUAGCAUAGCAGCCGCAUGAUGACGAUUGACUACCUUAACCAUGGUGUUACAGGCUCCCACUUUAAUGUACGUUCUGUUUGUUGACUUCAUGUUCAUUCCCAUGGUGGUUGACAUAUCCAAUCUCUCCACUUACAGUAGUAGCUUUGUGAGUUAAGGAGAAUUGACUUUUGUGUUUUGAUUUGGGGGGAAAUCCAUUUUCUGUAUUAAACUGUUGUUCAGAA